AUGGCUUCUACAUUAAACUUUUUAUACUUGCUAUUCCUACCAAUAUUUAGUGAACAAAUCAGAACUAUUCAGAAAAUUGCUGAAAAUGAGAAAAUAUUGUUGAAAAAAAUAUUCAAAAAGGAAAACUAUGAUUACUCUUUACCUUCCGAGUCACCAACUGUUGUUUUACCCUUCAUGUUUAUUGACCACAUCGAACAACUUGACGAAGAACAACAGUUGAUGGAUAUGCAUUGUAGUAUGUUAUUUCACUGGACUGAUAAAAGAAUUGUUUGGGAACCGCAGGACUAUGGUAAUGUUGGCAAAAUCGUACGACAAAAAAGUGAUUUACCAAGAAUGUGGAAAUUGAGGAGUGAUCAAGCAAUGCAAUAUUUUAAUACUGAAGUAACCUUGACCAGCAAUGGAGCUGUUUAUGCGCAGGUGAUACUAACAAUUCGUUCAACAUGUUCUCUGGAUUUCACCGCAUAUCCAAAUGAUAUUCAGAGUUGUUUGUUAACUAUGUUCACACCGUUGCCAUUGUCCAGAUUGAAAUUUUCGAGAUGGACAUCAUUAACUCAGAAAUCGGAUGCAUUCGGUAGUUUGAUGAAUGAAUUACGAACCAUCCGGUCUGGUGAAUUUGAAGUUACAAAUCUAUCCGCAACGUUGCUUUUCAUCCUUCCAUUCGGCAAAAUUACUGCCAACGAGAGCGCAGACCGACCUGAAAUGAUGCGUUCAAUAAUACGUUUUGAAAUAAAAUUUCGCAGAAUCGUAUAUUACUACUCGGUGACAAUCGCUUUACCACUGUUUUGUUUGGCAACGAUAACAUUUAUGGUAGGAACGACUGCAUCUGCUUCCAGUUCCAUUGUAUGGCUUUUGUUAUGUUUUGCGGCACAGAUUCUGAAUUACACUCAGAUGCUGAACAGGUUACCACCUGAUCAGCAGAAUACUCCUUUUUGCGCAAAAAUGGCUACAAUAAUGUUGGUAGAAACACUGGCACUGAUUGCUUACCGUGCGGUAAUAACAUAUAAGUGUAAUAAUCAUUCGAUUAGUGGAAAAGGAAUGUCUAGAUGUCCUAGGGUGCAAAAAAUCGAGGAAACACUCCGAAUUCUGCUUGUUCUUCAUACCCUUCUAAAUGCUGUUUUAUUAUUUUGUUGA